GGAGAGAGGGAGAGGUAUGGAGGGCAAACAACAACAACAGCAGCAGCAGCAGCAGCCGCCUGGCCCUGCCGCGAUGAGGGCUGCAAGCGAUGAGCGGCGCUCGGAGGACGGCAAGGAUGGGGCUGGCGGCGAGACUCUGGGCAGACCAUUGGGUCCCACGCCGAGCCAGAGCCGCUUCCAGGUGGACCUGGUGGCCGAGGGCGCUGGCCGCCCGGCCGAGGAGCUCCGCAAGGCGAGCGGGGAAGGCGGCGCGGCGGGGAAAGGCAGUGAGGAAGCCAAGGGCAGGUUUCGGGUGAACUUCGUGGACCCGUCGGCUGGUGACGAGAGCCCUGGCGAGCCGGGGGGCAGUUCGGAGGGCGGCAAUGUCAGUUUUCAGAACGGCGGCGACACUGUGAUGAGCGAGGGCAGCCUGCACUCCGGAGGUCACCACCACUACUACUAUGAUACCCACACCAACACCUACUACUUGCGCACCUUCGGCCACAACACCAUGGACGCCGUGCCCCGAAUCGACUACUACCGCCACACGGCCGCCGACCUGGGGGAGAAGCUCAUCCGGCCCAGUCUCGCCGAGCUGCACGAUGAGCUGGAUAAGGAGCCCUUUGAAGAUGGCUAUGCAAAUGGUGAUGAAGGCACACCAGCUGGGGAAGCUACUGCCUCUUACACACCUGACAGCAAAGGAGUGGUCAAGUUUGGCUGGAUAAAAGGUGUAUUGGUACGAUGUAUGUUAAAUAUUUGGGGUGUGAUGCUCUUCAUUAGACUUUCAUGGAUUGUAGGACAAGCUGGCAUAGGUCUGUCCGUCGUUGUUAUCGGAAUGGCCACUGUGGUGACCACUAUUACAGGACUGUCUACUUCAGCAAUAGCCACAAAUGGGUUUGUAAGAGGAGGUGGAGCAUAUUACUUAAUUUCAAGAAGUUUGGGGCCAGAGUUUGGUGGUGCCAUAGGUCUGAUUUUUGCAUUUGCCAAUGCUGUUGCAGUAGCAAUGUAUGUUGUUGGCUUUGCAGAGACAGUUGUGGAGCUACUCAAGGAAAAUGGAGCACUGAUGAUUGAUGAAAUGAAUGAUAUCAGAAUCAUAGGGGCUAUAACAGUGGUUAUAUUGCUGGGUAUAUCUGUUGCUGGUAUGGAGUGGGAAUCAAAAGCACAGAUAGUCUUACUGGUGAUCCUCAUACUUGCUAUUGGAGACUUUGUCAUUGGAACGUUUAUUCCUUUGGAUAGCAAGAAGCCUAAAGGUUUCUUUGGUUAUAAAGCUGAAAUAUUUAUGGAAAAUUUUGGUCCAGACUUCCGACAUGAGGAAACUUUCUUUUCUGUUUUUGCUAUUUUCUUCCCUGCUGCAACUGGCAUACUUGCUGGUGCAAAUAUCUCAGGUGAUCUUGCGGAUCCUCAGUCAGCCAUACCUAAAGGAACGCUGUUGGCCAUCUUAAUUACUACAUUGGUUUACGUAGGAAUUGCAGUAUCUGUAGGUUCCUGUGUUGUGCGGGAUGCCACAGGGAAUGUUAAUGACACCAUUGUCACGGAGCUGAUGAAUUGCACUGCUGCAGCUUGCAAAUUAAACUAUGAUUUCUCAUCCUGUCAGCCAGGAUGUCAGUAUGGGCUGAUGAACAAUUUCCAGGUAAUGAGCAUGGUGUCAGGAUUUGCACCACUGAUUUCUGCAGGUAUUUUUUCAGCCACCCUGUCUUCUGCAUUAGCAUCUCUUGUGAGUGCACCCAAGAUCUUCCAGGCUUUGUGCAAGGACAACAUUUAUCCAGGAUUUCAGAUGUUUGCUAAAGGCUAUGGGAAGAACAACGAGCCACUGAGAGGAUAUCUUCUAACAUUUUUAAUUGCUCUUGGAUUCAUACUAAUUGCUGAACUGAAUGUGAUUGCUCCAAUUAUUUCUAACUUCUUCUUGGCGUCAUACGCCUUGAUUAACUUCUCUGUAUUCCAUGCUUCUCUUGCAAAAUCUCCAGGUUGGCGCCCUGCGUUCAAAUACUACAAUAUGUGGAUUUCGCUUCUUGGAGCUAUUCUGUGCUGCAUUGUGAUGUUUGUUAUUAAUUGGUGGGCAGCACUUCUAACAUACGUCAUAGUCCUUGGACUCUACAUUUACGUCACAUACAAGAAACCAGAUGUGAACUGGGGAUCCUCAACCCAAGCUUUGACUUACUUGAAUGCACUACAGCAUUCUAUUCGGCUCUCAGGAGUGGAAGAUCAUGUGAAAAACUUCAGACCUCAGUGCUUAAUUAUGACAGGUGCUCCAAGUGCACGUCCAGCUUUGCUUCACCUUGUCCAUGCUUUCACCAAGAAUGUGGGUUUGAUGAUCUGUGGCCAUGUACAUAUGGGUCCUCGGAGACAAGCCAUGAAAGAACUGUCAACUGACUUGGCUAAAUAUCAGCGAUGGCUGAUUAAAAACAAGAUGAAGGCUUUCUAUGCUCCAGUGCAUGCAGAGGACUUGCGGGAUGGAGGACAGUACUUAAUGCAGGCUGCUGGCCUGGGUAGGAUGAGACCUAACACCCUUGUUGUUGGAUUUAAGAAAAACUGGAGACAAAGUGACAUGAGAGAUGUUGAAACCUACAUCAAUUUAUUCCAUGAUGCCUUUGACAUUCAGUAUGGGAUAGUUGUCAUCCGCCUAAAGGAGGGCCUGGACAUUUCUCACCUUCAGGGCCAAGAAGAAUUGUUGUCAUCCCAAGAAAAAUCUCCAUGUGCCAAGGAUGUCAUAGUAAAAGUGGAUUAUAGCAAGAAGGCGGAGACAGACACUUCUAUAGCUUUUGCUCCAUCAUUUAGUGAAAGAACUUCCACUUCAUGUAAAGAGGAGGACGAGGAUGGAAAGACUCCAGCACAACCUCUAUUGAAAAAAGAUUCAAAGAUCCAGUCUUCUCCUUUAAAUUUGACUGACCAAAGACUUCUUGAUGCUAGUACUCAAUUCCAGAGGAAACAAGGCAAAAGCAAUAUUGAUGUCUGGUGGCUCUUUGAUGAUGGAGGUUUGACAUUGUUGAUUCCAUAUCUUCUUACAACCAAGAAGAAGUGGAAAGACUGUAGGAUCAGAGUGUUCAUUGGUGGAAAAAUAAACAGGAUUGAUCAUGACAGAAGAGCGAUGGCUACUUUGCUCAGCAAGUUUAGGAUAGACUUCUCGGACAUUAUGGUUCUUGGGGAUAUUAAUACUAAGCCAAAGAAAGAAAAUAUUGCAGCUUUUGAAGAAAUGAUAGAGCCCUUCCGACUUCAUGAAGAUGAUAAAGAACAAGAAGUUGCAGAUAAAAUGAAGGAGGAUGAACCAUGGAGGAUAACAGAUAAUGAACUUGAGCUUUACAAAACAAAGACUUACCGCCAGAUUAGGCUAAAUGAGUUGCUACAAGAGCAUUCAAGUACAGCUAAUAUAAUUGUCAUGAGUUUGCCAGUUGCACGAAAAGGUGCAGUUUCUAGUGCGCUGUACAUGGCCUGGUUGGAAGCACUGUCUAAGGAUCUGCCACCAAUUCUUCUUGUUCGUGGGAAUCAUCAGAGUGUUCUUACCUUCUAUUCCUAAGAGUGCUGCACAUGGGACAGCUAUGAUGAAAUGGUACUUCAGUGUACAGUGGAGAGUGACUUACAUAUAUAUGAUCUAUAGUUUAUUAACAUCACAAACGCAAAAAGUGACUCUUCUUUCACGAUUUCACUGACUUGAAAGCACACAAGGAAAGUUGCUGUAUUUCUAAAGGUGUGACAUCUUCAGUUUUAUUCUGUAUUUUCUGUAAUCUUGCUUAAUGGGGGAGGAUUCCUUGUUAGACUGAAGAAUAAGACAAGCUUUUUGUUUGCUAUUUGAAUAGCAGCAAUAAAAUGUUUUAUUUUUGAUCAAUAAAAGUAUUAUAGAUUUAUAAAAGCCUUUUAGCCUUGAGGUGCCUUCUGAAAUUAACCAAAUCUCAUCCAUACAUCCUAUUUUGUAAAUUUAUAUAGAAUGUCGAAAAUCUGCCUUCAGCUAAGAGUUUAGAUCAGACUUCCUUUAGUUUUUAGUCUCUUCCAUAUUACAAUAAAACUGAAUGCUGCUUUUCAGUCUUCCAUCAAGAUAUUAGUUCUUAAUACUGUAUGUUUUCUAUUGUCAGAAUUUUUUUUUAUUAUUAUUAUAUCUGUUAGAUUUAAAGGUCAGAAUUGGGGCAGGUCAGUUGCAUUAACACAGUUUUGUGAUGCGAUUGUCAAGACUUUGUGCUACUAAAUUUUGUAAGAGUUAAAAUAAAAUUAAUUCCUACUAGCAGAGAGAAUCCUUUUCUCAAAUUUGACAAUAUGUACUACUGAGAUACAUGGCUAACAUUAGCUACCUUGGCAAAGGUGUGUCUAGAGCUUUGUAGCUCCAGCGUGAAGCCAAAUUCAUCUUGCUGUCUGAGGCUCUUAGUACAAAUGAGAAGACCUGUCCCUAGUUCUUGGCCUAUUGUAUUUUGGUGUCACUUUCAAACUUACUUUGAAACAAAACUUAAGGCUUGAAUGGGGAUAAUAUAAACAAUGUGAUGCUAUCUAACAGAAAACAGUAAACACUAUGUGAAAACUUGCUAUCCAAUAUAAAAUGUAAAAGCUACAGUUCUCUCGCAUUUUUCAACAAAUGGUUAAAAGGACCACUAGUUAGUAGGGGAGAUGUUUUUAGGUCAAUCCGUUCAGUUGUCAGAAAAUACAUUUAUUUUUAUUAAAUAAUACUCAGGUUUGAUUGUCUAGCCAUUUAGAUCUCUUCCAUACAUCCCACUUUAUACAUUUUCUAUGUUCAAUAAAGAAACUGCCAAUCUUA